AUGAAUAAGGAGAACAAAGAAAAGAAAGUAAUAUCUACGCCGCUAUUACGAAAACAAACGAAGUCUGUAGAAAUUCGAAAGCCUCAGACGACUCUUUUACAAAGUAAGAGUGGAUCUGUAGUAAAUAAUGAAGAAACUGAAAAACUUCGCGAACUAAAAAAAUUUAAACACGAAAAAGAACAAGCUGAACGACGUCUAUCAUCAUCAUCAUCAACGCAAUUAAAAAAAAUCACACCCUCAACUGUGACAAAUAUAACAACUACUAAGUCGAAGGAAUUAUUCAAUAGUAAUAAAGAAAUAAAAUUCGAAACGAAUUAUCAAUCUUUUGUACAUUCUUCAGUACAAUUAACCAAUAUAUCCCAAAAUAAAAAUUUAUCAUCAAUUAAUUUCUCGGAUAAAACCAUUGAAAACAUUAUUGAGAAUGUAGACAACCGAUUAGAUUCUAUUAAUGAAGGAUCAAUGCCUGCAUCGAAUAUUUCAAAGAAAUCGGAUUUGGAUAUUACACCUAUUCGUAGGCAUUCAAAGAUAUAUGAAAGUCCUUCAAUUAAAGUAUCGGGUAAAGCACAACGGAUUUUAGUAUCUAAUAUAGAAUCUGAUGACGCCCAAGAAAAAAUAAAUCAAGAAGAAGAAGGUUUGGUAACGCCCACAUUAUCAUCACCUUAUGCAACAGUAAUUCCUCGUAGACGUUCAAAAAUAUAUUCAAGUCCCGCAAUAAAGGUAUCUGGAAAAGCUCAACGCGUAAAAGUACAAAUGCCUGAUGAAUCGGAGGAAGGAGAAUUGGAAUCUCCCUCUAAACCAUAUAGUAAAUAUAAUCCUGAAGGCAAGUUAAUAACUGAACUUAUGACAUCACAAUUUAAUUCUCGCAGAAAUUCAAAAACAUGUCAAAGUCCAACUUUAAAAUUGUCUGGAAAAGCUCAACGAGUGAAACUUGAUUCAACUCUCUCUGAAGAUGAUAAUGAUUCCCCCAAAAAGAUCACAUUGACAUCAUUGAAUCCUCGAGAACGUUCAUAUUCUUUGACCAGAAAUAAAUUUUCAGAAAGUGAUCAAUCAAAUUCUACCGAGAUGCCACAUUUAUACAAACGUCACACAUCUCCUAUAUUUAAAUUCCAAGGGUCUGGUAAAUCUCAACAAUUGACGGUUGAUUUAAAUGGAACAAACGAUGUAUCAGAAAAUUCAAAAGUAGAUGUUGUAUUAGAGAAAAAUAAUAUUUACGAAAAACUCAAUCAAUCGAAUCAACUUGAAACAGAAAAGAAAAUAUACACUUCUUUAUAUUCAACUCCUGAUAAUAAUAAUGAAAAAGGAAAAAUUACUACGAAAAAUUUAUUAAGCCAAACCGUAGAUUUGAAAGAAUCCUUAACAUCUAUGAAAGUAAAAAAGAAUGAACUUUCUUUAGCGGUAUCUCCGAUAAGAAAUCAAAAAACAUUAUCAGAUACGAAUUUAUUAAUCUUUGAUGAACAAGAAAUUUGUAAAUUGUUGGAACAAAAUGGAUUUAAAUAUAAACCAAAUCUGGCGUUACAUUGUGAACAUAAUCUUUCGCCCCUUAAAAGAAAUUCUAAAAAGGGUGAUGUAAAAAAUUCUGUUGAACAAGGAAAUCAAGGAUCAACUAUGAAAACGAAUAGAUGGGAGAGUUUCACUGAUGUUUUAGGUUUGGGACCAGGACCAAAAAAUCUUUGA